CAAUCUCUUCUUGAGGUGCAAGAAAAUGGAGCAACCCUGGCCCAGCCACAUUCGUAUACAAACACGGCCCCAUCAACGAACUCAAGACAAGGGCGCUUCCUUUCACCUCCCAAAAUCCAGAGAAUCGUCGCCGUCGCCAUCAUCGUCGUCGUCGACAGGGUACGAACGAAGCGAUGAGUUUUCUGGCGGCAAGAUUGGCCGGGAAGGAGGGAGCCUACUUCUUCGAGGAGUCCAAGCACGCCGUCAACCGCCUCGCCCAGAAAGCCCAGCCCUUGAACAAGAACGCCGCCGCCGCCGGCAACGGCAAUUCGGUCUCGCGCGAGGCUGAGGCCGACGUGUUGCCCGAGGUUCUGAGGCACUCGCUGCCCUCCAGGCUCUACUCGCAGCGCUCCGACCCUUCUUCUUCUUCUUCCUCCUCCUCUCUCGCCAAGGCCUCCAAAUGGGCUCUCCGAUCGGACCCCGCGUCCGGCUCGGCCGUUUCGUCCGACGCGCUGAACCCUCUCAGGGCUCACCUGGCCAUGCCCCGGGUCACCUUCGGUCCCAACAGGUGGAAGAUGCCUCCUGCAGGGAGCUCGGUUUUAGCAUCAACAGCCAACGAGCUGCGACAAGAUAGAUAUACACAUGCGAACCCUGAAAAGUUGAAGGCUGCAGCUGAUGGCCUUGCAAAUGUUGGGAAGGCAUUUGCUGCGGCCACUGUCAUUGUCUUCGGUGGUGCAUCCAUAAUAUUUGGACUGGUAGCCUCCAAGUUACAGGUUCAAAAUGGUGGAGAUAUCUAUGUUAAGGUGAGAGACUUGGCUCAGCCAACAUACGGGACGGUGAGAGAGCAAGUGGCCCCUUUAAGGACCUGGGCCGAGAACAUGUCAAGAAAAUGGCGUAUAGAAAGGGAGGACGACAUCAAGCAAAAGCCAAUAAUGAAGGAGCUUUCAAGAACGUUUGGGAUAAGGACUUCAAAUUGAUUUGUACAGUGUGAUUCCUUGUAUAACAAAUAGGAAAAGCUGCUAGCGUAGAUCGUCAUCUCUGGUGAAUAAAGGAUUUUCAUUUUGUUCCGAUAUUUUCGUCAUGUUGUUCAAGAUAUGACUGGAUCACUUGUAAUGAAAAAGUGUACUUGAUGGAGAAUAAAAUGGCAAAGCCGACUCUGUGUGACGCU